CUUUUAUUCAGUGGGAGUGCGAUUCGAGACCCGGGAAAAGUCACGCCUGAGUGUAGAGGCGAAAGACCGAGCGGUCCUUAGUGAACGAGACUCCAUUUACAUAUUCUCCCUAAGGGUUUAAAGGCGUGUGUACCCGCAAAGAUUAGUGUGACAUACCUCCGCACUUUGGCAGUGGACUACUCUAACGGCACCUUCAGUCUCUGCGUAUUUGUAAUAACGCUACUUCUCCAGAGACAGGAUUGAGAAGAAGAAAUAAAAAAGACGACUUAAAUAGUGAUGCCAUCCAACAAGUACUCCUCCGCUAUCAUGGCGGAAAGUGACAAGAUGACUGCCACGGCUGCUGUGAAUGGUGACAUGUCAGUAGGAGAGGGAUUGUCAGAAAACGACAGCGGUCUGGAGAUGACCAAUGAGAACAGCCCGCUGACUGCGGCAGAGCCACCUUCACCUUUCUGCCCCAAACAGAAUGGAGGCGCAGCCUCACCCGCAGAUGAGAGCGAGAACAGCAUCAGAAGAAAAAGAUCUCGUAAGCGCUCCGACACAGAGGAAGACAGCGCCUGGGAUUCCUCCUACAGUGAGGAAAAGGCUGACGUUGGGUCCGGUUGUGAGACGGGUCUGCGGCAAAGGCCUCGUCCAAGGACUAUUUUUCAGGCAGGACUGAUAGCUCACAGUAAACCCCGCAACAGAGAGAGGGGACAUAGCAAACAGGAUCAUAACAACCUGACAUCUGAAGUUGCCUGUACCCCAGCCAAUCAAAAGCCAGUGGUCUUGGAUCAGCCAGUGGUCUUGGAAAUUCAAGUUUCUAGUGUUCCUGAGGGUCCCGCACUAGAACUCAUGGAACAGGACUCUAAAGACUCUGCACAGAGCAGCACCACAUCCAUCUCGACAACUGACACAGUCAGCCAACCUGAGUACAAGGAUAAUAAAGGCUUUGGUAUUGGAGAGUUAGUCUGGGGCAAGAUAAAGGGCUUUUCUUGGUGGCCAGGGAUGGUGGUGACCUGGAGAGCAACAGGGAAGAGGCAGGCCUCCCACGGCAUGCGCUGGCUACAGUGGUUUGGCGAUGGGAAAUUCUCAGAGGUGUCUGCUGACAAACUCGACUCCAUCACAGCCUUCCCAAAGUUUUUCAACCAGUCAUCCUACACCAAGCUGGCCUCCUACCGCAGAGCGAUCUUCCAGGCCCUGGAGGUGGCUAGUAUACGAGCAGAGAAGACUUUUCCUCCAAGUGAGUCAGACAGUCUUGAAGAACAGAUAAAGCCCAUGCUCGACUGGGCUCAUAACGGCUUUCUGCCCAAAGGUCAAGAGGGCCUGAAACCCAGAGAGAACGCAGCUGAGUAUUGUGUUUUUCCCCUGGCCUCAGAGAGCUCAGCGCUGCUGGACUCCAGCCCUCCGGAGUUCCCCCCCUCUGCCAAGAGAGCUCGGCUCAGCCUCUGUAAGGCCAAACCUGGCACUGAGGACGUCUACAGCAGAGAACAAAUGGUCCAUGAAGUUUUGAAGAAUCACAGAAGUAUAGAAGAGUUCUGCGUCUCUUGUGGAAAGACGAGAGUGGCAACCUUCCACCCGCUGUUUGAAGGAGGCCUUUGUCUAACAUGCAAGGAUGUUUAUUUGGAAAUCUCCUACAUGUACGAUGACGAUGGCUACCAGUCAUACUGCACCGUGUGCUGUGGCGGCAGAGAGGUGCUGCUCUGUGGAAACGCCAACUGCUGCAGGUGUUUCUGUGUGGACUGUCUGGAUAUAUUAGUGGGAGCAGGAGCGGCCAACAGCGCCCGUGAUCUGGACCCAUGGCGCUGCUACAUGUGUCAGCCUCUGCAGCUGUACGGUGUGUUAAAGAAACGCCACGACUGGAGCCUGAAACUACAAGAGUUCUUCGUCAAUGACAAUGGACAGGAGUUUGAAAGUCCAAAGAUUUACCCUGCGGUCCCAGCAGAGCAGAGACGUCCAAUCAGAGUCCUUUCACUGUUUGAUGGCAUUGCCACAGGUUAUCUAGUGCUUAGAGACUUGGGCUUUAAGGUUGAUGUGUACAUUGCAUCAGAAGUAUGUGAGGACUCCAUUUCAGUGGGAGUUGUCCGGCAUGAAGGACAAAUCCAGUAUGUGCACGACGUUCGCAACAUCACCAGAAAAAACAUUGCUGAAUGGGGGCCGUUUGACUUGGUGAUUGGUGGAAGUCCCUGUAAUGACCUUUCCAUUGUCAACCCUGCCAGGAAAGGCCUGUACGAGGGGACUGGACGCCUGUUUUUUGAGUUCUACCGCCUCUUGAGUGAAGCGAAACCAAAGGAAGGAGAAGACCGACCUUUCUUCUGGAUGUUUGAGAAUGUGGUCGCCAUGAGCGUCAAUGAUAAGAGAGACAUCUCACGAUUCCUGGAGUGUAAUCCAGUGAUGAUUGACGCCAUUGAGGUAUCAGCUGCACACAGGGCACGUUAUUUCUGGGGAAACCUGCCAGGAAUGAACAGACCGCUGUGUGCGUCCGGGAUGGAUAAAUUAGAGCUUCAGGACUGUUUGGAACAUGGCCGUGUCGCCAAGUUUGGUAAGGUACGCACCAUCACAACACGGUCCAACUCCAUCAAACAGGGCAAAGACCAACACUUCCCUGUCAUGAUGAACGGCAAAGAGGACAUCCUGUGGUGCACUGAGCUCGAGAGGAUUUUUGGCUUUCCUGUCCACUACACUGAUGUGUCCAACAUGGGCCGUGGUGCCAGGCAGAAGCUACUGGGACGGUCUUGGAGUGUUCCUGUAAUCCGGCACCUGUUCGCCCCACUGAAGGACUACUUUGCCUGUGAAUAACACAUGUAGUCCGUGAUAGUUAGUCCAAAGUCACACAACAAACAUCGUAAAGUACAAAACCAAAUGUCCUCAAUAAGGAGCUCUUGGAGACUAGCUAGCCUCCACAUUUACAAGACGAUUUCAGCUUUGCAAAGACAAGCUGAGACGUUGAGCUGACUUGAGGACGUGGUUGACCAAAAUCAAGGUAGACGCUGUGUUGUGAUGCUUAGAGUGACACUUAGUAAAAACACAGUUAGCUUUUGUACUAGCCAUUUUUUUUAAACCGAUGUGCCUGUCAAGGUCUUUGAAACUGUCAGGGUUCAUCUCAUCACAAGCAGGUAGAUUUUAUCCUUUAUUAUCAUGAGAAAAAAAAAAAUCUUUAAAUCCUUUAAAAAAAAAAAAAAAAUUCAAACAUUUUACAGCUUAUCUGGCUAAGGAAAGUACAAAUGUAAGAUUUUUUUUUAUUAUGUGAAAGAAUCAGUAUACUUGCAUAUGACGCAUUUCCAUGGUAUUGUUGGUGUAAGAAAAAUACUUGAAAUCUAUCAAUGCAAACGUACAAACACCAAGCUGUGAGCCCUUAGAAAAUGCAUUUCAAAAGAUGCGUGACAAGAAUCGAUGCUUCAUACAGCCUACAUUCCCUCUAUAACAUUGCACAAUAACAGUAUAACCAGAAGGUGUGUUUAUUAGCAGAACUCAAGGGCAUUAGCCUGCUCAACAUUACACGAUUGUUUUCUUGACAAGUAAUAAUUACUCAAGAUAGAGAUCAGUGUACUGUAUUUUAACCUUGAAAUUAAUGUUUACAAACUUUAAAGCUUUCUUAUUAUACCUUGAAUAUUUUUUUUAGAUUGACCUCUUUGACGAGGGAUCAGUGUAGAUGUAAAAUGUUAGCUCUAUAUGGGUUUCUCUCAGAUAGAGGCUUUAAUUUGUCUUUGAAACUGUUGUUUUUAUACUUACUGUUGCUACACACAAUAACAAACGCAUUGUAGCUUAAAAGUGAUGCCUCAUCUGUCUAAAACACUUAAUGUGUGGUGCCUUUUGAAGAGAACAGAUACAGCCUGCCGUACGGGGGUUGUGAAGAAACUUUCUGCUUUUGUUUGAUAGACCUAAUGCUGUAACACAAGCUGUUUUAUACGUCUAAUUGUAUGCUUAAUGUAAACUACUGUCCAAACUUAAAGCUUGAAGACCAUAAAUAACCUUAAUACUUCAUAAGACAUGGAACAGAAUUAUCGUUGGAUACUGCAUGUAAAUUACACUCAUUUGUCCUGUACACAUCUUGACAGGCAAAAACGUAUGUAAAACAGUGCAAAGAUGUGCUUACUGUCAUUUUAUUUUCUUAAAGGUUUUUUACUGUAGCGUAAACACAAUUUUGAUAUCAUAGCCUUAAUAUUUUGCUUAGUAGAUCUUUAAAUUUGAUAUAUAAAGCAGUCUUUUUACUUGUUUAUUUGGUAACAUAAUGAACAUGUUAAUCUACCUUUGAACAUUAACAGUGCUUUUAUACAGUCAAUUUAUAUUUACUUUAUUUUUAUACUAUUUUCCUAUAGUUUUUUUGUAUACAGUGUAUUUUCUUUUGGGACUUAUGGUAUAAAACUCAAACAAUAACCAAAAAAAUAAUAAAAAUGUUAGUAUCCUGAGCAAAACCAAUAAAGACAGACUCCA